UUUUCUCUUUAAUGUAUGAAGGAACUUUCGAGGGAAAAGUCACUGAAGUUGAGACGUGGAGCUGCACAACUUUUGGUAAAGGUUUCCCCGUACAGUUAUAUAAAUAUAGUUUCAAGUAUAACAUAUUUUCAUGACAGGGAAAAGAAGAAGUCGAAGGUGCUGCAUGUACCUGAGGAAAAAUGUAUAUGGGACUGGACAUUGAAUUAAUCCCUCCCAAACCCGAACAACAGCAGAACCCGCCUGGGAAGUCGUAAAACGUAACCUCGAAGGACUUAAAAAGUACCGCAAAACGGGAACUAAAUUCUAGAAGUUGUUCUCCUUCGCAACUAGCAUAUUGCUGGAGUUUCACAAUUUCCCACUUGAAAUGGUUGGACGGUUGAACUUUCCAAAUGUUUGCGAAGAGGACCCGCUGGGCAUGAGCUCUCGGUCGGACAGAGGUCUAGAUAGCCCGGACUCCGGGUUACCACCGAGUCCGAGCCCCAGUGCUUGGCUGCUGCCUCCGGACAAGGCCCGUGGCGUGAGCCCGGUACCGGAGGUCGAAGGAACCGGAUCGCGGGUUUCAACUUUGCCGUCUGGUUCCUUGCAGCCACUAUCCUUUGGGGAGGGAAUAACAAUUGACACCUUACCUCCCAAAGAAGUAAGAUACACCUCCUUAGUGAACUAUGACUCAGACCGCCACUUUAUUCAGAAUGUGGCUCUGCAGCCGUGGGGUCAGAGCCUUGAGCACUGCAAGCAGACCAUCACAGCAGUGUCCAGCAGCACCUGGCGUCAUUACAAGACGCAGUUGGACUUCCAGCCACGCCAUCGGCCGCAUAGCUUUAUGAGCACCACCAUCAUUUACCCCAAGAAAACGAGUGUCGUGUACGCAACAGAGCUGAGCUAUGACCGCCACCGGCGAAACAGACGUUUCCUCUCCAGUGUGGAGUUAGAGCCAGCGGGAAGCUACCUCAGUAAGACAGGAGAGAUCAUUAUGACCGAUCCUGUUCUGUAACAUACCCUUUGGCUGGCUGUUGCUGACCCUGCUGUGUCAUCUUUACAUUUAAGUAGGCAUUUAACAUUUUUAAUGGCAGUGAACCAAGAGCACACAUGCCGGCUACCUUACAUACAACAGAUAUGUGAAGACCUAGUCUAAAGUGAAGCUAAUACACGUUCAUGCCAUGUCUUCAUAAUCCUGCUAGUGGAUGAGUCAUCCAUUUCAAACUGACCUUUAUAUCAAUUUCUGGAAAUACUGUAUUGGUCUCAGUCUUUGUGUUUUUGCAGAUCUUGGCCUCUGGAGGCUAAUGACUUGCACUCAUUGAACCCUCCCUUUAAAGAUGUAUUUGCCUGAAGUCUGAGAUUAUUUUUAAUGAAAGCAAAGUAGGAAAUGAAGACAAAUUCACUGUUGUGCAGGUGUUUUGGUGCAUGCCAAGAAAUCAUGUACUAAAGAUAACUGCACUGUACAAAGGAUACUUAGCUAUGAAUUUUUGUUGGUGGUUGUUUUUAUUUCUGCACUAAAUUAACACAAAAUAAGCUGUCCCCUUCCCAUAUUCUAUGUAUGUAGACAUUAACAAAAGCAUUACAGUGUGUACUAAUGUUUGUUGAUUAGUGCAACUGUUCAGUAUGAGUAAGCUUGUGCACAUGGCAUACUUAGAUGGAACAUGAGUCUUAAAAGUGACAAAUACAUCGUUUUGAAGUCCCUUACAGGCCAACUAGUCAACAGUUAAAGCAACAUUCCACUCCACAUUCUAUGACAGUUGAGUGAAAUUUUAUAUUUAUUCUUUUUAGUUUUUUUUCAUCUGAUAGAUGCUGAGUUUGCAGUGUUUUUGUUCUGCUCUGUACUUGAUAAUAAAUGCUUAUUAUUUUUAUUUGCUGGUGGUGACUUAUUUGGAUAUAAACAAUUCAAGCACAA